GUCCUAACGCGCUUUCCCCUUUCUCUCUCUCCAACGCAGGCUAUGGCGUCUUCGGAAGGUGGCGGCCCAAAAGUGUCCGGAGGCGUGAGUGUCAGCAUGUCAGAGCUGAACCCUCACUUCGUCUGCCUUCUCUGCUUCGGUUACUUCGUCGACGCCACCACCAUCAUCGAGUGUAUGCACACCUUUUGCAAAUCUUGCAUCGUCAACUUCUUGCGGACGAAGAGACAGUGUCCGAGAUGCGAAACCCUCCUCACCAAGUCACGCCCUUGCAAUAGCCUCAGACCCGACCGCGUGAUGCAGGCUCUCGUCUUCAAGACAGUCCCGGGUCUCUUCCAGGCUGAGAUGAGGAGAAGGAUAGAGUUCUACCAGGGACAUCCUCAUGCGGACUACGAGCAGGACGUCGAGGAUUUCCAGCACUACGUCUUCAGUCCCGACGAUUCCGUCAGCCUCUCCAUUCGCUACUACAACUUCAGAGAGGCCGACGCGGAGAACAGUGGCAGCGUCGUGCGUUACUUCCGGUGCCCCGCUACGGUGCCGGUCGCGGUGCUGAAGACGCUCGUCAAAACGAAGUACCGGGUGCCGGAUCCGCUGCGGGAGUCGCCGAUGGAGCUGAGCUUCCAGGUGGUGGCGACCCGCAAGGUGAAGAAGCGGAAGCCGCAGGCGGCCGCGCUCGCCGCCCAGGAGGAGGCGCAGGCGGCGGCGGCGGACGGCGAGGAGGCGUUCCCCGCCGAGGAGUGCCCGGAGCCCCCCGAGAAGAUCUCCCGCCUGGAGAGCGCCGACGACGCCUCGACGGCGCUGCCGCCCGAGGACCAGCCGUCGCUGCACACGCGGCCGCCCACGCCGCCCGAGACCCCCGAGGGCGGCCGCGGCCAGGAGGGCGACCACUACCAGCUCGAGGACCAGCCCGUCCACACGCACAUCGACCUCCACCACGAGGACGUGGACGAGGGCGGGGGCGUCGUGGCCGAAGGCGAGGCGGGCGGAGGCAGAGGAGCGGAUGAAGACGAGGCAGGAGAACAGGGCGAAGCGGGGGAAAGGGCGGGAGAGGAAGCAGGGGAGGAGAUGGAGGAAGAGAACCACGAGGUUCACGAGGAGGCCCAGGAGGAGGUGCAGGGCGGAGGAGCGCAGGAGGCGCAGGAGGAGGUGCCUGAGGAGGAAGAGGAGGCCGGCGAG